AUGUUUUAUUACCCCACGGUGUUGAGGCAUCACUCAGGAUGUUUGUCUACCAUCUGGCUGGUGGCCACAAAAGCCAUCAAACCUUCUCGCAGAGAAUAUCUGACGGUCAACGUUGUGAGCACCUGCAACGACAUCAUGGACUACAUUCUGGAGAGGGUUCCUCCUCCUCAGCCCGGCCUGCCUCGGCCUCGUUUCUCCCUCUACCUGUCCUCCCAGCUGCAGUACGGAGUCGUCCUGGUCUUCCACCGGCAGUGUGACCUCCUGCUCAAGGAGGUUCAGACCGUCGUAACUCAGCUGGCCAAGCAGAAGACGCGUCAGAAGCUGGAUCUGGACGACCACGGCAGGAAGCGUCUGGUUCUUCCUGACGCCUUGUCGCUGCUGCAGGAGGCUGAAGGAGCUCCGGAUCCUCUGUUUGGAGUCAUGGAGCAGCAGGAGACGCUGCCGAGUCUGGAGUCGCUCAUACAGUUUGAUGGUGUGGAUUUUAUCGGAGAUGAGGAGAUAACCGUUGCCCUCCUCAUGGAGCAGCCAGAUGACUUCCUAGAAGCAGCAAAUCUGGAAGCAGACCUGAAGAGAGGAGACAAGGAGAAACCAGAGGAGCCGAGGGGAUUCAUCUCAGAAUUCCAGCCGACCACUGCUAAAGACCAGCUGCUGCUGGAGGCCACAGACCAACCUGCUGAGAAACCUGCUGAGGAACCAGGUCCAUCCACUGAGGAACCAGUCCUGCCCACUAAGGAGCCUGCAGAGGAACCAGUCCCAUCCACAGAGGAACCUGGACCUCCAUCAGACCAGCUGACUCCGGUCUCGGUGCCCGCCAUCCCACCUCCUCCGUCUGCAGCAGAAGCUGGUCGAGGACGACCUGACUCAGAGAGGAGGAGGAGGCAGCUGACCUUCUUCGAUGCAGAGACUCAGCUUCCUGAAGAGGAGCUGCAGCAGCAGAUCAGCAACCCUCUGGUCCACACCAGACCUCCAGUCCUGGUCCCUGGUCCAGACCAGAGGAUCAGAGGGGCAGCUGACCUGCUGGGGAGGCCCUGUAGCUUCCUGCCUCCACAGAUCCAGCUACUAUGGCAACAGGCUGCCGUUAUCACGGCAUCACGCUCGGACCUGCCGGCCAGAAAGCAAGGACCCGAUUUAGAGACGGAAGGAGACACUGGAGCGAUUGGGGUCCCCAUAGAGGUGGAGCAACCAGAGCCGAUGGAUAUCUCAGCUCCAGGUACUCUGCCGCUGCAGGCCUCCGACCAACGAGAAGCUUCCAGAGAGAUCUCACCCAUCCAGAUGUCUGAGAGAGAAGGGUUGUUUCCAGAGUUUCCUGAACACGACGUGGAGCCCGUCUUCUUCAGCUCCCUUCUGCCACCAAACGUCCGCCGCAAAACCGUCAGCGGCGCCUUCUACCGGCUGCUGGGGACUUUGUCUGCUGAGAGACUCCGAGCUGAGCAGGACGAGGCCUACGGAGACAUCCUGAUUCUACCUGGAUCCCAACAGAACACCUGAGUUUGUAACGAGGACAUUAGAGCCUCCAGUUAUGUCUUCAGUUCAGUCCUGUCAACCAGAAAAGUUCCAGAUGUUCCCAGGUUUGUUUGGGAUGAUUUCAACUACUUUAUGUGCAGUUUUUGGUUAAACUUUUUGAGAUUUUGACUGUUUUUCCUGUUAUUGUCUUCCUAAACUGAGAGAAACUCAGUAACCUCUGUUGGUGUUUGAAGCAGAACAAAAGCAUUUUUACGUUGUUCUGGGUCAGUUUUGAUCUCAUUUCGGGCCACUUUCAAGACAUCCUGGAUGGUUUUUAACUCAUUUUGGACUCAUUUUGAAUCAAUCUGGACCAGUUUGAGUAAUUUUGCCAGAUUUGUUGACCAGUUUGGGAUGAUUUAAAUCAUUUUAUGUUCAGUUUUUAUAUCAACUUUUUGAGAUUUUGACUGUUUUUCCUGUUAUUGUUUUCCUAAACUGAGAGAAACUCAGUAACCUCUGUUGGUGUUUGAAGCAGAAUAAAAGAAUUUUUACGUU